AUGACAAAGAAAGUUCUUGGAGACACAAAGCCAUAUGAAGAAGCCGAGUCACACUUUGCGGACGCCAAAUAUUUCUCUACAGAAGCAAAAAAAUCCAAGGUACAUGAAGAUGUCAAAGCACCACAACCAAACUUGGGGGCAAACUUAAGAGAUAAAGAAAAAACACCUGCCUCAGGUUCUGCAGACUCAUUAAUUGAGCCUCUGAAAGAUUUGACUCUUCCGAAGACCCCACUCAACCCAAUCUCCCCAUCACAGACAAGGAAUGGAAAAGAAGAAAAAAUAGAGGCUAUGCGAUUGCAAAAGGACAAAAGCUUUGGCCCAAAAGCCUACAAACUUCUCACAAAAGCUGGAUAUAAUCCAAAUGAGGAAUCACUGCUGGGAAGGUUACCACCACAGACAACCCAAGGUUCGAGGGCUGGUCUUGGGUACAUGCCACAAGCUCCCGUACGCAUCGCUAUCAAAAGGGCUGCAAAUCAUCAUAUCACCGAAAGCGAGACAUUGUCUUCCAAUUCACCUCAAAAGGGGAAGAAUGCAAGAGUAUCGGUUUUCGAGAGGCUAAAACCUUCUGUCUUCACAAGGUUAGGACCAAAGAUCAAUAAAGAGAAAAACAAGACGAAUUCCACAUCAACAAAAUAUGUGGAGAUGGAUGAAGAAAUCAAGAGCCGCUUUCCAUCCCGCAUGACGCGUCAAACAAAAAUGACGAUACAUUGCGGUAAAGUUUUAAAGGCUAAAUGGCAAACCGUUGUCUUCACCAAACCCAAAGAAGAUAAUGAAGAAAGUGUUGCAUCAUCCUGCUACAUCACUGAAGGGGGAGAAGAAACAAUGAUUGAAGAAGAUGCAGGAAAUGCACCCGCCGCGCUUGAAGAAGGGAUCAAAGCUGCAGUGGACGAGUUAGAAGAAGUCAACUUGGGAAAUGAAGAUCACCCAAGACCUGUCUAUGUCAACAAAGAGCUGGGUGAGGAUGAUAUGAAUGCCUACAUCCGACUUCUCAACGAAUUCCAAGAUGUCUUCGCUUGGUCAUAUAAAGAAAUGCCCGGCUUAGACCCGAAAGUUGCGGUCCACCAUCUAGGUGUGAAGAAAGGAGCUCGCUCUGUGAAGCAAGCGCAACGAAGAUUCCGUCCUGAACUCAUCCCUCAAAUUGAAAAUGAAGUCAACAAACUCAUUGAAGUGGGGUUCAUCCGGGAAGUCAAAUACCCCCAAUGGAUUUCCAACAUCGUGCCUGUAAAGAAAAAGAAUGGACAAAUCCGAGUUUGUGUGGAUUUCCGAGAUUUAAACGAAGCAUGCCCAAAAGAUGAUUUUCCUUUACCCAUAACUGAAUUGAUGAUUGAUGCAACGACAGGACAUGAAGCGCUUUCUUUUAUGGAUGGAUCAUCUGGAUAUAACCAAAUUCGUAUGGCACCUGAAGACGAAGAGUUAACCGCCUUUCGUACACCGAAAGGUAUCUACUGUUACAAAGUUAUGCCUUUCGGAUUGAAAAAUGCUGGGGCAACCUACCAAAGAGCAAUGCAAAAGAUCUUUGAUGACAUGCUACACAAAAAUGUAGAGUGCUAUGUUGACGACUUGGUUGUCAAAUCCAAGAGAAAAGAAGAUCACCUGCAAGACUUAAGAAAGGUUUUUGAAAGGUUGAGGCGCUACCAAUUAAAAUGA